AUGUAUAAUAAUAUAUAACAGUUAGGAAGUUCCUCACUGACAAAGAAAAGUAAUUAUAGCUUUGAUUUUAGUGGUAAAUAGAAGAAUAAAAAGGUUUUGAAUCAAAAAUAAGAGUCUGAAAAAAAUCGAGAGGAAAUUACAUAUCAUGUAUAUAUAUUUGCCACUGAAAUAUAGAACCUCUAUUUUCCUUACAAUAAGGUCCAUUGUGAUAAUUGCGAGAAGGAUAUUACGAGAUAAGCAAGAAUACUUUGUAUAGGGUGUCCUAAUUCAAUUGAUGUAUGUAUGAAUUGCUUUUUAAAUUUACAUGAAUUUGCAUAACAUACUAUUGGGCACUCCUAUUCUAUCAUCAAUAAAUUAAAUUUCCCAAUAUUUGUAGAUGAUUGGACUGCAGAAGAAGAGCUAUUAUUAUUAGAAGGACUAGAAAAGAAAGGAUUUGGCAAUUGGCAAGAUAUAGCUGAGAUGUUGGGCAAUGAAAAAUCAUAAGAAGAAAUAGCAUAACAUUAUGAUGAUAUUAUUUUAAGUGAAAAAUUCAGAAAUAUGACUCUCUUAUCAAAAAGGAAUUAAGAUACAUUAGAGCUAAUCAAACCAAAAAGAUACUCGCAUGCACCUAAGAGGAUGAAAGAAGAAUAAAGUAUUAUGAAGGGAGGGAGAUUGACACCGAAUAUGGCAUCGCAAAGUGGAUAGGAAAUUGUUGGAUUUAUGCCAAAAAGAGGGGAUUUUGAUAUUGAAUUUGAUAAUGAUGCAGAACUACUUUUGGCAGAGAUGGAAUUCAACGAUGAUGAUUAGCCUUACGAAAUUGAAAUGAAGCUCAAAGUUCUUGAUAUUUACAAUAUUAGAUUGGAUGAACGUUUAAAAAGGAAAAAUUUUGUAAUUGAUAGGGAUUUGCUAAAUUUAAAAAAAUAGAAUAAUUAUGACAAACAAAGAAGCAAGGAGGAGAAAGAAUUACAUAACUUAAUGAAACCAUUUUCAAGAUUUAAUAAGCAUGAGGAUCAUGAAAGAUUUGUGUAAAAUUUGAUUAAGGAAAAAUAAUUGAGAGCAAAAAUAGAGGAGCUUAGAUUUUAUAGAAAAUUAGGGAUAAAGACAUUUGAGGAAGUGGAGGAGUACUUAUCAAACAAGAGAAAGAAGGAUGAGCAGUAUCAAAAGAGGCAAAAAUAAAAUGAAGCUUUUGUUUAUGAUUCUCAAAAGUAAAGAUUUUUACAACGGAGGACGAGAUUCGUGCCUGUGAUGGAUGGGAAGGAUAAAAACAAAUAAGGACCUUCGUUUUGCGAAGAAGAAUAAUAAUUAUGUUAGAAAUUAGGAUUGAGUGAAUAGGAGUAUCUGAUACUCAAGGAGGUGCUCAUAAGAGAAUCAGUGAAAAAUGGGAUGAUUAAGAAGGAUAUAGCCCUUUAAAAACUUUAAGCUGGACAAAGAGCGUAUAACAGGUGUUUUUGA